GUCUAUUUUCAGCAUUAUUAUUUAUAAUUUCACCCCCUCCCCACUAUAACCCAUUAACCAUAGAACUAUGGCCAAAAACAUAAAGCCUGCAGCAGGUUGUCUGCAAACAUUAUACGCCCUUGCUGUACUAACAUAUGCUUUCCAGCCUAUAGAAGCUAUAAAUUGCCCAGUAAAUUGUAAAUGUUCCUGGAUAUUAGAUAGUCUGGAAGUAAAUUGUGCCUAUGGCGGUCUAAUAGAAUAUCCAGAUUUUGGCUCAAUGCCCAUAGAACAUGUUGAUCUAUCGGGCAAUUAUUUUAUAGAAUUUCCCACACAACUAUCAAAUUAUAAUUCUUUGAUUUAUUUGGAUUUAUCAAAUAAUCAAAUCGAAUAUUUAGAUGCUGACGCUUUAAUGGGGUUUAAUGCUUUGCGAACCCUUAUAUUGGCCAAUAAUACCAUUAAUCGUUGGUUACAUUUAAAUCCAAAUACGGCUUUUCUUAAUGCUGUAAGUUUACAGCGUUUGGUUUUGAAUGGCAAUUCUUUGGAGUCUUUCAAUAUGGACGAUCAUCAGCAGGUGAUUAUAAGUGAAUCGUUGACACAUUUGGAGCUGGAAAAUUGUGGUAUAACUAAAGUUGGUGGUGAUAUUUUAAUGCAGAAUAUGCCGAAUUUAGAGAGAUUAAAUUUAAAUAAAAACUCUUUGGUGGCGCUUAAUACUUUACCCUCUAAGUCUUUGAGAGUUUUGGAGUUGAGUGGUUGUAAUUUGCAGAGAAUACCACGUUCUUUAUUGGCAGGUUUGCCAGCUUUAGAGUUUUUACAGCUUUCCUGGAAUACUGCCUUGCAAGUGGGACCUUCUGACCGCUUAGACUCUUCUACACUUAGUGAAUUAGAUCUUUCCUAUUGCAGUCUAGAUGAUAUAGAUCUUUCAGCUUUGCCUAAUCUUCAGCAGCUGCAUUUACGUGGCAAUAUGUUGCGCACCUUAACGGGUCAGACUUUUGAGAACAAUAGUUUAUUGGAGAGUAUAGAUUUGUCACGUAACUCCUUACGCUCUUUGGAAGCGGAAUCAUUUUAUAAAUUAAAAAAACUUGCUUCUUUGGAUUUGGCCUAUAAUGAAAUAGCACGUUUGGAUCGCAAUGUAUUUCGUUCGAAUGAUAAUUUGGUUUCAUUGAAUUUAAGCCACAAUGUUAUAGAUAAGUUUACCAAACUGAUAUCGAACUCAUUGCGUGAUAUUAAUUUGUCAUGGUGUGAAAUAAUAUUGAUUGAUGGCACCGCCUUUUCCAGUCUAUCGUCUUUGCAGAAACUGGAUUUGUCUAACAAUUUGAUAAGAGAUCUGCCAGCAGGCAUGAGAUCAGAUACUUUACAAAGGUUGGAUUUAAGCUACUGUCGUUUAUCCGCCUUAAGCAAUGCCACCUUUCAACAUUUUCCCGAAUUGGCUCAACUUAAGUUAAAUGGCAAUCGUUUUACCAAUCCUUUUCCUAGGGAAUAUUUUCAAUCCAAUAAAUAUUUAGAUGCCAUAUGGGUGGGAGAUAAUACUUGGAUUUGUAAUUGUCAGGAUCCCAUAUUUGUAGAAUUCUAUGAUUAUUUAACAGCAGCGCCAUCAAGGAUUAAAGACCGCAAUAGCUUGCGUUGUGCCUCACCCACCUACAACUAUGGCAAGACUUGGCAGGCAGCCUGUGAAAGAGAUUGGAUUCAAAAUAGUCAUUCCAAUAAUGCCGAAAAGGUUUGGACCACUAUAAUGCUAUCGAUAGUGGUUAUAGGGGUUUUAAUAUUCCUAUUUACUUGUUUCCAAAGAUAUAUGGCCUGGAGAAAAAAGCGCAUAGAUACCGAGGAGUACCGCCGUAAUCAUGAUGAAAUGAGAGAAAUACGCCGUUUAAAUCAACGUAUACUGGAAGAAGAAGCUCGUCCCAAUGCUCCUAAUAGUUUUGAAAAUGCUUUACCUUCUUACGAAGAUGCUCUCACCAUGCCCAAACCAGUAAGACCGGUUAAAUCUAUGUUAGAUUUAUCCGAAGAAACCUCUAGAAGGCGUAGACGUUUUAAGAAAAAUCGCACUAAUCCUGAAGAGGAUAUAGCCGAAGAAGAUGAUCAAGAUAUACAAUAUGAUUAUAGAAAUCGUUUUCGUAGUGAGGAAAUGCUUUCGAAUCGAGACAUAGAAAGAGUACAACAAAUUGUGCCUAACAGGCGUACCGGUGGAAUAGUACACAACAAUUCGGGUAGUAGACGUUUUAGCAUUGAAGAUUCUCGUUUCCCAGCAGCUCACUUAAAAUCUCAAAAUCUGCAGAGUGCAGAAAAAUUAGGCAAUUUCCAAAGCUAUGAAAAUAGUCCAUAUACUAAACGAAAACCCAAAAUAGCCGAGAUACCACCCUUUAAAAGGGCCAACCUAAGAGCAGACAGUGUUGAAUUCCUAACAGAUCCCGAAUAUGAGGUCAGCAGUAAACCUAGUAGUCCCUUUGCUAGACGUAAACCCAAAUCACCUUCACCUAUAGCCACACCUCUAGCACCAGCUGUAGAAGAUUAUUUCAGUGCAAAUACCAAAAUUUCCGACUCACCUGGAGGCAGUGAUUUUCAUGUUGUCAUAGAACCCGAUAUUCAAUCUCUAAAAGAUGUCAACUAUGACUCUUCGCCCAUAGAAUCAAAUACCGAAGAUGAAUUGAUUAAAGGUAAACGCAAGAAAUUACGCAACUCCUCUAGUCGUCGGGCAAGUGGUAGUUUUAUAGCGGCAGCUGCUACAGCAGCCGCUAGUGGUGAGACUUCGGAAGAGGAACCUAUUGUUGUGGUGCAUCGACCCAUGCGUGAGACAUUAUUUUAGUUGUUAGUGUCUAUUUAGCACAGCUUUUUAAGUAUUUUUUUGAAUUUUAAUUUUAAGUUCUUAUAAGUUUAAUAAUUUACCAAAGUACCUACAAUAUAUCCACUAACAUACAUAUUUAAUAAAAUAUUACUAAUAUUUUUUAACGGAACUUUUUUUAACCUAA